AGAAGUUUCAUUUUCUCCCAAGACGUUCCAAAAUGCCCAAGAAAAUCUUGAUAUCGGUGAGUAUGAGGUGCGAAAAGUGUCGUUCAGAAGCUCUCAAGAUUGGAGCCAAAACCACUGGAGUGACAUUUGUGGGAAUAGAAGGAGAAGAGAAAGACAAAGUGGUGGUCAUCGGAGAAGGAGUCGACGCCGCAUGCUUAGUUGUUCGCCUUCGCAAGAAAGUUGGUUUUGCUGAUAUUAUCAGCGUUGCUGAUGUUGACUCUUAACAAAACUAAGUCUUAUUCUAGUAUUAACUCUUUUUUAUUUUUAUUUUUUCC